CAGCCUUUCGGGUGAGGGGUGGAGUGAGCAGGAUGUGGACAGGUGAUUAGCCUGGUGAAAACCCCUUUACGCCUCAUGCCAUCUGUCCUCCCUGAGAGGAUCUGGAGUUUGACAAGCCCAUCCAAUCUGUUAACCUGUUCUUCUGUAUAAUGGUAUCGCUUCUAUACUGCCAUACUGUGUCAUACUUUUCAUACUGUCAUAGCCUAAUAGUAGAAACUAUAUAGUUUUAUGCCAUUUGAGCUUGCUUGGUGUUGAUAAAAGUCUUACAUUCUAACAAUGACUGUGCUUGUGGUCUGAAUAGCCGAAACUGAUCUCAGAUUGCGCAUGCGCAGUUCGCCUCUGCCCGUUUCCACAGGAGCGCCCGGAGAACAGCAGCCACAAACGCAGUGAUGCAAAUGUCCGUGUAGGAUGCUCUGUACAUACACCCAGGUUUGCUGCUGAAUUUCUUUCUUUUCUUUUCUUUUCUUUCUUUUUUUUUUUUUUGAAGUAUUUUGAAUUUCAUUUUUGUCACGUUUGGAUGCUUGACAUCAAACGGAACAUUUGUGUCGCAUGACCUUGUGCUGAAUGUCAAUAGGAAAGGAUUUACACCCAGUACGGACAGUUAGGACCUAUCCUGAAAAAAUGGAUAUUGUGACACAUUUCGUCAACGACACUAUCAAAUUCUACAAAUGGAGCCUUACCAUUGCAGACAAGCGUGUGGAGAAAUGGCCUCUGAUGGACUCUCCUCUCCCUACGCUGGCCAUUAGCUCUUCGUACCUUCUCUUCCUCUGGCUGGGGCCAAAGUUCAUGCGGAACAGGGAGCCUUUCCAGCUCAGGAAGACCCUUAUUGUGUACAACUUCAGCAUGGUUAUCCUUAACUUUUUCAUCUUCAAAGAGCUCUUCCUUGCAGCAAGGGCAGCAAAUUACAGCUACCUCUGCCAGCCAGUGGACUACUCUGAUGACCCUAAUGAAGUCAGGGUUGCAGCUGCUCUGUGGUGGUACUUUGUGUCAAAGGGGGUUGAAUAUCUGGACACAGUGUUUUUCAUCCUUCGUAAGAAGUUCAACCAUGUCACCUUUUUGCACGUUUAUCACCACUGCACCAUGUUCACUCUGUGGUGGAUUGGCAUCAAGUGGGUUGCAGGUGGACAGUCAUUCUUUGGUGCUCAUAUGAAUGCCGCAAUCCAUGUCCUUAUGUAUCUUUAUUAUGGGCUGGCUGCCUGUGGGCCAAAGAUCCAGAAAUACUUGUGGUGGAAGAAGUACCUGACAAUUAUCCAAAUGAUCCAGUUCCAUGUCACUAUUGGUCACACUGCUCUUUCACUCUACACUGACUGCCCCUUCCCUAAAUGGAUGCACUGGUGUCUGAUUGGUUAUGCCCUCACCUUCAUUGUCCUCUUUGGGAACUUCUACUACCAGACAUAUCGUCGCCAGCCACGUCGUGAAGGUCUGUCCAAGUCAGGCAAGGCACUGUCUAAUGGAGCUCCUAAUGGAAUGGCAGCCAGUAAUGGAGUGAGUGGCAAGAUGGUGGAGAAGCCUGUGGUAGCAGAAAAUGGGAGGAGGAAGAGGAAGGGCAGGGCAAAGCGUGACUAGAGCAGAUGAAGGGAUGAGAGACAGAAGCAGGCAGAUUUGAGAAAGGAUGGAAGAGGUGGGACAUUUGUUAGGAACCAGUACAUUUGAGGGAUGCCUGGGAUGAGGAUAUGACUGUUUGGAGGAAGCUCAAAGGAUUACAGCACUGUAUGGGGUUUACCACCAUCAGUCAAUGUGGAUGUGAUUAGAAUUAUUUGUUAAGAACAAAAUUUUGAUCCUUCUCUUUACAGCAGUGUUUUUGCUGAUUCUAUGCGUAAGCAACGCUGUAAAGUGAAUGGAAUAUUCAUGAUCAAGGGAGCCUGAGAUCUCUAUGAAAGCAUACUAUUAUUUAAAUGAUCCUUUUUUAUAAUCAUUUUCUUCCUCUGUGUGUCUGUGUUUAAUGUCCUUAUACUUAAGAUCGCCAUGCGUUAGAUUUCAGGCCAGAAUUUCAGCACGUUUACAUGCCAUUCACUACAUUCUCGAGUAAAGAAAAAAAAAAGCCAUCUCUGCUUUUUACUUUGUACCAUACCUAAUGCCUUUAAAAUAUCCAGGCUGAGCUCUGCACAAUUCGGCAUUUUCUGUGCUCUUACAUUCUAAAAGCAUACUAUACAUGCUUUUUAAUAUUAUUGAUGAGUUGACUUUGUCGUGACCAGGGGUAAACCCUGCUUUAUAUAUCUAGUAGUAUAAACGUCAACCAAUGUUAUUUAUGUUUCCAUAUUUUUAUAUUAUUCAUUUAAUUUAAUUUAAAAAAGUAUUACUUCACUAUCAAAACUGUCAUCAUUUUCAUUUCUUCAAAAGGACCUUAACAGCAGCUACAGUGUGUGAUGCCUAGCUCCUGGAAAAUGGCCUUUUCCAUGAGAUUAUAAAAAGGGAAAAUGUUUUGACGUUUAACUAAUAGCAGACUGUGCCCAUAAACAUUUUAGAAACUUAAUCUUCAAGUUAUAAAUACAACACAUGUCGAUAAAAAAAAUACUCUCUGAAGCUUGCCAUUGCCAUCUGAAUUAUUCAAUUGUUCCUCAACAUGGUCUUAUAAAGCAGCAUCUCAUCAUUUCGACUAAUUAUCCAAAAAUGCAAUGCUGUUGUGUUUUGUCUUCUUAAAUAAUUGUUUUUAUGUUGUAUAUGCUGUGCAAUUUUGUACAUUGUGCUUUUAAAAAUAAAAUGGCUAUCAUGAAGGGA